AUGAAGAGGAAGCCGGGGAAUGGGCGGGGGCCGGAGCCUGCGGCCCCCCAGCAGCGAGCCCGCUCUGUCACCAAGCCAGCAGAGUACGUGGGAUCCUUCAUGGUGGAGGAGCUGGACCUGCAGCAGCGAGCGGGGCGGGUGGAGGAGCAGCUGCGGGCACUGAAGGACUGUCCCCGGAGGAGGUCGGUGGUGCUGAGGUUCAGCUUGCAGGGCCUGAAGGUCUUCGGUGCUGAUGGGGAGACGCUGCUGAUGGCACACGCGCUGCGCCGCAUCCUGUACAGCACCUGGAGGCUCCCCGACCGCCAGUUCGCCUUCGUGGCCCGCAACCCCCACAGCCCCCCCAGCACCCUCUUCUGCCACCUCUUCGUGGGGCUCCCGGGAGAGGUCCAGACCCUGCACCUCCUGCUCUGCCGCUCCUUCCAGCUCUGCUACCUCCUGGCACACCCCGAGGAGCAGGCGGGCGAGGGGGAGCUCCCGGGGCCGGGGGUGCUGCGGGAGCCCCUCAACCCCGAGGAGGUGUCACGAAAUGUCAACGCCCUCGUGUCCUUCCGGCGCCUGCCCGCGCCCGGCGGCCUCGGCCCGCUGGGCACCGGGGUAGGUGCCCCUGAGGCGGAGGGCAGAGCCUGGCGCCCGGGGAACCCCUACUGCUCGCCGGUGCUGGUGCGCAAGAAAGCCAUCCGGAGCAAAGUGCUGCGCUCGGGAGCCUACCGGGACUGCGGGGGCGAGGGACAGCUCCACCAGCAGCCCCGCGACGCCGCGGCGGCGGGAGGCGAAAGCAAAGGGGCGAGGAGCUUGGCCUUCCUGCCCGACAACGAGAGCGUCCUCGCCGAGAGCGUGUGGUCCUUCGCCGGCAUCGCCAGGGCCGCCGGGGUCGCGCUGCUGCGGCGGGACGUGCCCGGCUCCUUCCUGCUGCGCGCCGAGCCCGGGCUGCCCAAGCGCUGGUGCCUGUGGGUGCGGGCGCCCUGCGGCGUGGUGUGCUACGGCGUGCUGCGGACACAGCAGGGCAGGUUCUGCGUGGAGCACUCCAACGCCGAGUUCGCCAGCGUGGCCGCUCUCCUGGCGCACUACUCCGGGCCACCGGGGGGCUGCUUCUGCCGCCUGGGCCCCGGCCGACGCAACCCCGGCUACGAGGAGCGGGACCCCGGCGGCGGGGCCGGUGCCGGGCCGGGGGAGGCCGCCUGGGCCCCCGCCGCCCCCACCGGGGUGCAGCACGAGCGGGGUUAGCCCGGACCCCCGCGCACGGCU